AUGAUCGGCCGAAGCACUACUUCUCUGAUUAUGAGAAGUCCUUUUUAUCUUAAGCCAUCUUUUUAUUUUAGAAACUUGUCAGUUUCUGCGCCGAAGAAUGAUAUCAUAAAAAUCCAAAGUACAGAUGACUUUAAGGAUAAAGUUAUUAACAGCAAGGUUCCCGUUGUUGUAGACUUCUUUGCUACUUGGUGUAAUCCAUGCAGACUUCUUACACCGAGAUUGGAGUCUAUAAUCUCUGAGAAUAAAGGAAAAGUAAUCUUGGCUAAGGUUGAUAUUGAUGAACAAUCUGAUUUGGCUCUUGACUACGAAGUCAGUUCAGUACCAGUUUUAGUAGCUAUCAAGAAUGGAAAGGUUCAACAACGGAUGGUGGGACUGCAGGAUACUGACAAGCUGAGGAAAUGGAUUGAACAAUUUGCUUCCGAGGAUUCCGAAGUUAAAAUUAAAGCUUAG